AUGGCCGAGUUUGCUGCUGUUGGGGUCGCAGCCAGCGUUCUGCAGGUGAUCGACUUUGGCACCCGCUUCAUUGCUACUGCCUGGCAACUCAGCAGAUCCGAGCACGACUUUCUCAUGAGUCUCGAAGACCUGCGUAAAACGUCUGACAACUUUAGAGAUGCACAGCGCACUCUAGAGAGCACCGAUCCGGGAUCGAACAAGGCGGUAGAGUCACUGGUGCAGAAAAGCGUUGCGAUUUCUGAGGAAAUGACCAAUUCGCUGGAUAAGAUCGGUCGGGGGAGGAGUGCUUUGAAGAAAGCCUGGCUUACACUGUGGAAGGAGGAGAAGCUCAAGACUCUCGAAGUAAGGCUGAGAGAAGUACAGCUGGACUUGACCUUUCACAUGACAGUCGACCUCAGAUCAGUCGCGCGAGACAGCGCGGAGAAACAGGACCAAAUACUGCAAGAGCUCCGCAAGGCAAACACAAAUAACUCAACAGAGAAGGCAGAGGCCCCAAUCGACUCAAAUUUGGGUUAUGGAGCUUCGAUAGUUGAGUGCUUGACUGACGGCCUUCAACUCCAUGAGAAGAUCAAGUCAGAGCUCAUUGGCGAUCUGGUUGCAAAUAUAUACAACUUGGAUGGCGAAUAUCCGCUUCUCUCUGAUGCUUCGGACAUCCAACUAUCUGAUGAAAGGAGGACCAAGCUGGAGCAACUGUUUAUCUCGAGACUCUGCUACGAAACUAUGCAAGAGAGAGAAUUGACCAUCAAAGAUGCCCACAAAGGCACUUUCCGUUGGGUCUUUGAGGAUGGAGAUGUUACCGGCUUUAAAAACUGGCUCGUAUCCGACGAAACACUUUACUGGAUUACCGGGAAACCAGGAUCGGGCAAGUCCACUUUAAUGAGAUAUCUUCUUCAACCUGUCAGCCAGAACCAAGAUGGCAGUAAUGGAUCGACCACAAGAUCUACGAGCUCAGAGAUUGCGAUUCUACCUCAUGGAAGGUGUGAGGAGCAUCUAAAACAAUGGGCCGGUAAUGAUGGUAAGCUCACGGUUGUCUCCUUUCACUUUUGGGCGGUUGGGUCAAAGCUACAAAGCUCUCAAGAGGGUCUCUUCCGAACACUGCUUGUGCAGCUCCUCCGCGCCCACCCAGAAGUCAUUCCCAUAGUUGCUCCAUUGCGAUGGGAGUCUCUGUGUCUCUUCAACCUCGAUCCAAAAGGUUUCAGUCAGAUUGAGCUCGGAGACAUGUUCCAACAAGCAAUUGCCUACAUUAGUACUCGUGCCAAGCUUGCCAUGUUCAUUGAUGGCUUGGACGAGUUCGAAGGCAACUGCCAUGAUCUCAUUUCGCUCGUGCAGAGAUGCGUGGAAUCUCCCAUCAAGAUAUGCAUCUCAAGCCGUCCUUGGGUAGAGUUUGAGGGAGCCUUUGGGGACUGUCCUAGGCUCAAGAUGGAGGACUUGUCUCACCAGGAUAUCUCGGAUUACGUCUCUGCGAAGUUUGAAGCCGAUGCCCAGUUCAAAAGUUUGCAGCGAAGGCAAGCCCGUGUCGCCACGGAACUCGUUGAAUCCAUCGUCAAGAAGUCUAGUGGCGUGUUCUUGUGGGUUACCAUUGUUGUAGCUUCUCUCCUUGCAGGCAUAGGAGCAGGCGAUCGUGUUGAAGAUCUGCAAAAGCGGCUUAGUCUACUUCCAGCAGAAAUCAAGAACCUGUACGAAAGGAUACUUGAGAAUAUCGAUUCUGGAUACCGCGAGCAUACUGCCCAGCUACUCAAGCUGAUGGCGGCAUUUGAAACGCAGCCUUCGCCACUGCUGUUUUGUGUAAAAACAGCGAGCUAUUCCAGCUCGCACUUUGGAGGCACUGUUGAUUAUCUGCACAAGACCGUAUACGAGUUUGUGUCCAGUCGCAGAACCCAACGGAGGCUUCGGAGAUAUCUCAAAAAGCCGUACGAUGCCAAUCUCAGAGUCGCGGCGGCCUCUAGCGAGAAGAUGCUGCGCCUGGCAACGUCAAUGUCAGUGGCAGAGUAUGUAAGGGCAAGAGCAAAGCCAGGAGGCUGUGUUGCCACUCGUCGCGCAACGACUACUUCAAAGCGAAAUGCGUUGGAAGGGUUGGGUCUGCUGGCAGGGCGAAUGCUAGGUAAAUGGUUUGGCUACAACAAAGUUUCCCUUCUCUCUCUUGUCUGCUUGUCCGAUUCAAACAGCAAGCGGAUACUUGAACACUUGCUUGACAAAGGAGCAAAGCCAAACAUGAGGUUUUCGAAACCUAGCGGGUUUACUCUGGUCCGAUUGACACCCUGGGAAGAAAUCCUGGCUGAGGCUUUCAAGUACUGUAUCGCAUACGAGGAGGAUAACAAGCAAAAAGACAACGUGCUGAGAUGUACGAGGAAGACGCGUACCGAUGCCUCAAGCGCAUGA